CUGGAGAGAAAAUAUUGCAGCCAAAUAAGAUUUGAGAUAACACGGACGCUUAAACCAUGGCCAACACAAGAGGAACGUCUUACGCUGGUGUGAUAUUGUUAGCACUUCUAGCAUCCGACACAUUUGUCAUGAGAAAGAUGGUGUCCUCCUACCCUAUCUGCUCUCCAGGAAGUUUCCAGUGCCAAGUACUUCUCAGUGAUCUCUUCGACAGGGCAGUCAAACUCUCCCAUUAUAUCCAGUCUCUCUCCACUGACCUGUUUGAGGACUUUGAUCAACAUUAUUCUCAAGGACGUCGACUCAUAGCAAAGGCCAUGAACAACUGUCAUACGUCUUCACUGAAUACACCAGAGGACAAAGACCAGGCUUUGCAGCUCCAGCAUGAUGACCUGAUGAGCAUCGUGCAGUCGUUACUCCGUUCCUGGAACGAGCCACUUCAGCAUUUGGCCUUAGAGGCCCCAGAGAGCAUUGGAAGAAAGGUGAAAGAAGCUGAAGAACAAACAAGGACCCUUCAAGGAGGAAUAGACAGAAUUGCCGGGAGAAUGCAGACCAAUCUGGAAGCGGACUUUUACCCUCAGUGGUCGGGGCCCGUGAAAGCCGCCGUACCAAACGGGGAGUCACACCUGUUUUCAGUCUACCACCUGCUGCACUGCUUCCGACGAGACUCUAACAAAAUCGACAAUUACUUGAAGAUCCUGCAGUGCCGCGUUAUUCACGCAAAUAACUGUUAGAUUGGCGCCAUCGUGUCCCAGAUUUAGAUUUGGAAGUCAAAAGAUUGUAAUUUAAUGUAGAACAGUUUAUCUCCCACGCUAUCCCAUAGCUGUCCGAGGGACAACAAGUGACCUAAGCUGAUGUAUGUUGUUUUUCAGUUGUACCGAUCAUACCCUUUAACUCGGAUUUAUCCUCCAUCUAUUUAGUCUUUACACAGAGACCCACCUCUUGGUAUUUAUACAAAUUCCUAGCAAUGACUAUGAAUAAACGAUGUGGUCUUGAUCGUCUUGGUUAAAUGCCAGGAGAGCCACAAAAGCACAUUCACAAAAGGUCCAAAUCAGGAUCCAAAUAUUCCUUCGUUUGAAGGAACCAAGCUCAAAAAAGACCCCACACGAGCGGGAGUCCGAUGUGAAGUCACUUGUCAGAAGCAAUAAAUUAUAUGCAUUAAA